AUGGUAGUUGACGAUAAGGAGAUCUCUGAAGUCAAUGAUGCCACCAUUGGCCUCAACGAUGAUGCCGAUGAGAAGAAAGGAAAUGCGGCCGACCGCGCCGACAUGUACCGUAUGGGCAAAGUCCAAGAAAUGAGGAGAAAUUUUCGCUUCUUGUCCAUAUUUGGCUUUUCUAUGAUUCUAAUGGCAUCGUGGGAGUUCUCUUUAAGUGUGUCUACAAUCGGCCUUGUUAACGGCGGAACUGCCGGUUUCAUCUGGAUGUUCUUUGUUUGCUGGAUGGGUUUCCUCUUGGUGAACACGACAAUGGCUGAAAUGGCUUCAAUGGCUCCAACGACUGGAGGACAGUAUCACUGGGUAUCCGAAUUUGCGCCACCGCAAUAUCAGAAAUUCAUCAGCUACCUUAUGGGUUGGAUGUGUGUACUUGGCUGGCAGACAUCAUGUGCCUCCUCGGCAUUCAUCGCUGGCACGCAGAUUCAAGGCCUCAUUGUCUUAAACAACCCCGAUUAUAUCCCCAAACCAUGGCACGGUACUUUACUCACCGUGGCCGUUGCGGCUUUCUCGGUGCUCUUCAAUACUGUCCUCGCCAGAAAGCUACCACUGAUUGACGCAUUAAUCCUUGUGAUUCACAUCUUUGCCUUUUUUGGCAUCCUGGUCACUCUCUGGGUUCUUUCGCCCAGAGCAGACGCCAAAGCAGUCUUCACUGAGUUCAGUGACGGUGGAGGCUGGGGCAGCGUGGGAGGCUCAACCCUCGUGGGAAUUCUCGCAGGAAUUUUACCACUGCUAGGCGCAGAUGCUGCCGUCCACAUGUCCGAAGAGUUGCGCGACGCCGGCCGCGCUCUGCCGCGUUCCAUGAUUACGACGACAAUCUUCAACGGUGCUUUUGGAUGGAUCAUGGUAAUCACGUUUUCCUUCUGCAUAGGCGACUUAUAUGAGGUCAUCGAGUCGCCAACUGGUUAUCCCUUCAUGCAAGUCUUUUACAACUCGACAAAGUCAACGAGUAGCGCUACUGCGAUGUCGGUGUUUAUUGUUGCCAUGACUGUGUUCUCCAAUCUUACUAUGGUGGCCACGGCAUCGCGUCAGCUGUUUGCGUUUGCACGAGAUCAUGCUGUUCCCUUCAGCCCUUGGUUUUCCAAGAUUAAAACAGGAUGGGAUGUGCCGCUCAAUGCCAUUUUGACGACUUUCCUCAUCUCAAGCCUUCUUUCCCUCAUCAACAUCGGUUCGGCUGUCGCACUAAACUCCAUCACUUCCUUGGCAACAACGUCACUUCUAUCCAGCUACAUCGUCUCUACUGGCUGUAUAAUCUGGCGACGAUUGACGAAUAGCCCGCUUCUACCAUCCAAGUUCAGCUUGGGUCGAUGGGGUCUCACCAUAAAUAUUGCCUCUGAGGCUUUUCUUCUUCUUAUUUUCGUCUUAGCAUUUAUGCCUGGCAACCCGAAGCCGACAGCAGCUCAGAUGAACUGGAACAUUGUGAUUUACGGUGGUGUAACACUGUUUUCCUUGGUAUACUAUUUCCUUCGUGGAACUCAUCGAUAUAAGGGUCCGGUUGCUUAUGUCAGAGCACUUCAAUAG